AUGGAAGUCCGCUGCAAACUGUUCAUGGGCACACUCAAAAAGGCAGCACUUGAUUGGUUCAGUGGUCUCCCUGACCGAUCAAUCACUGACUUCGAUGUCUUCAGUCGACUCUUCAUGGCACAAUUCGCCGCCAACAAGAAGAAACCGCCGAUCACGUCGGACUUGUUCGACCUCAAGCAGCAACGCGAGGAGUCGCUGAAGGACUUUCUGCAAAGGUUCAAUGAGGUCGCCUUGAGGAUAGCGUCGUUGGAUGAAAGGAUGGCGGUCAUUGCAUUCCAGAAGGGUUUAAGGUCCGGAGCUUUCGACAUCGCGCUCGAAAAAGCUAAUUGUCAAACGAUGUCGGAGGUCAGGGCUUUCGCCCUGAGUCACAUCAAGACGGAGGAAAACCAAAUUAUCAAAAGAGCAGCUGAAAGCCGAGAGGCAGGGGGCGGUAAUAAGGAGGGCAACAAGCACCUCCGGGUGCGCUCAGAUUGGAAUAAGCGACGUGAUCACUACGAUACUAAGGAGGGGAAUCACAGGCAGACAGACUAUGGUGGUCAGGCGAAGGGCGAGUGGACACGAAGCAACGAACAGGAAAAAUUCACCCCACUCAACGUUCCCAGGAGGCACAUACUCCAUGACGUCAACAAUGCGUCGCUUUUCGAGUUCUCGGCAGCGACUGAUCGCCAAUUGGGUCCUUACAAGACUGACUGGUGUGAAUUUCAUCGCACCCAUGGACAUACUAUGGAGAAUUGCUUUGUUCUUGGUAGAUAG